AGUGGGUUCACUGUUGUUCACUCGCUGCCUCCUUGGCGGCCGGUGCCGGUGGCUAUGGCGGACCGGGACCCUCUCUCCUAUUUCGCCGCUUACGGGAGUUCGGGGUCGGACAGCGAGCCGGAGCCGGAUGUGGGUGUCCCGGAGCCGGGCGGUGGCGGUGACCAGGCCCGGGCCCAGGUCCCGGGCUCGCAGGCCGCCCUGCCCCGGCCGGACGAGCUGUUCAGCAGCGUCUCCAGACCCAGCUUCCUGGGCAGGCCGGGGAGCGGCCUCAUCAACUGGGAGAAGCGGGUCGUGAGGGCCCCGGAGGAGCCUCCAAGAGAGUUCAAGGUCUGGAAAACAAAUGCUGUGCCUCCACCUGACACAUAUGCAGCGGAAGAGAAAAAGCCACCCUCAGGGGUGGACAUGGCCGUUAAGUGGUCAUGUAUGUACCAGGACAAUGGUGAGGAUGCUCCACAGCGCACCUUGCUUCCAGAGGAGCCCGAAAUCUCCGAUUCAGAUGAAGAAGAUGGGAAUGACUUGUCUGCAAAGAAACGCAAGAUUGAAACGUUUCAGCAGAAGGAAAAACGUAAGCGAAAUCAGGGACAAGCCAACAGGGAGAAAAGUUUUGUUGAAGAGGAAAAGCGCAUUCUCAGGCAGGAGUUUUCCUUAAAAGAUUGAAGGCAAGGUUAACUGGACAAGUCCCUUCUCCGUGGAGUUUACCUUAUUCAGCCUGAAGACAAGCACUCUGGAUUAAAGAUGCAGGAGCAAAACUUGUUGCGAUUGCUGUGUGGAUUGUGCAGUGGGAAAUUCUUCAAACUAAAACUUAAUCUAUUGUUCACUCGUCCUUUUCAAAUAAAUAAGAGUUGAACCUUUGCAGAGUGCUGACAGAAAGCAGCAGCACAAUGGUUUAGAAGUGCUGACCUUUCAGUGUGGACUUGACACAACUUUUUUUAAACUGAGAAAGUUGGCACUUGGACAUGAUGCAGCUGGUGUUGAUUUAAGUAGAAACUUUGCCAGUGUUCCAGUUUGGCUCGUGUAGCGGUCAAACUGGUGUCUGUACAGAUGACUCAAGUACUGUGAAGCAGGUUUAGUUUGUUCCCAAUUAGAGAUACAACGUCUCUAAUGACAGAACACAAUGUAAAAUAUCUUAGCACAGCCUACACACAGGCUUGUCCUGUACUUGUUCUAGUAUCGUCUUGAUGUUCUAGUAUUCAGUCACAGUUGCCAUUGAAAGUCACAGGUUUGUGGUUACAGGUGAACCCUGCCCUGAAUGGGAUGAUGUGGCCAAGGGUGUAUGUGAUGUAUACAGUGAAGACAGACUCGAAGUGGAGUUCAUUAAUGUAAAAUAGUCACUAAUAAACCCAAUGUGGAAUUCA